UGUGUUUGUUUGCUUACUUUGUUUCAACAAAAUGGAAAGCACAUGAAAGGCUUUCCACUAAGACACCCUUUCUUUUGCAGGUUAGGCUUAGCCCAGCAAAUUCAUGGCCAUACUCUCUUCCCUUCUCUUAUCUUUUCUUCUCUGCUAAAAAAACAAACUCAGAAAACAAAACCCUUUGUUUAAGCUAGCUUCUUUUUAUUGUCUAUGGUGGAUCUGAUGCUGAAUUAGCCCCAGCUUUGUAGAUCUUCUCUGACUGGGCCGUGAAAACGGAAAAUAUUUAAAGGAAAUGGAUUUUGAGGAACAAGAAGAGCAAGAGGAGGAAAUGGGUGUGGCCGUUCCACUUCCACCAGGCUACGACUCACUCGGCAACUCAUCAGCUGCUCGGUCCAAGAUAGGACCCCUUAGCGGCCCCGAAGGUGGGGCGGCUUCGGCAACUCCGAGAAAAGUGGGGUCCGGUAUAAGGUACCGUGAGUGUCUCAAGAACCAUGCGUUGAGUAUCGGAGGACACGCGGUGGAUGGCUGCGGCGAGUUCAUCGCCGCGGGUGAUGAAGGGACCCUUGACGCCUUGAAAUGCGCUGCUUGUAACUGUCACAGGAACUUUCACCGUAAAGAAACUGAAGGCGAAGGCAGUAAUAUUUAUAUCCCUCCGCACCACCACCACCACCAUCAUCAGCAUCAACACCUCCAAUUUUCACCCUACUAUUGGGCGCCGCCUCCGGCCGGGUAUCUCCACCUGACCCGAACGCCGCAGAAAAGGUCUUUGGCCUUGCCAGCGGCAACGGGAGGUGGUAUUGCCGGUGCCUACAGCAGAGAAGAUGAAGAUGUUUCGAAUCCUAGUAGCAGUGGCGGUGGAGGUGGAGGUGAAGGGAGUGGAGGAUUAAAGAAGAGACUUAGAACAAGAUUUACGCCGGAACAAAAGGAUAAGAUGCUUGGUUUCGCUGAAAGGCUCGGGUGGAGGAUUCAAAAGCAUGAUGAAGCUGCUGUGGAGCAAUUUUGUGAAGAAACCGGGGUGAAAAGGCAAGUUCUUAAGAUCUGGAUGCAUAACAACAAGUACACUCUUGGUAAGAAACCCUAAUCUCCAACCAAAAGAAAAUGCUUCAAGAAUGUUACCCAGGAAGAACAAGAGCAUCAAAGAAGCAUACGAUAAUGGGAAUUUUCUAGGGAUUGAAUUAGGGUUUUUACCUUUCUUUCUUUUUUUGUUUUUGAAUCUGAUUUUGAUUUAGUUUCUGUUAUUAUUAUCAGUGGUGAUCAGUGUAGGAUGGUGAUGAUGAUCUGAAGUUUCUGAAGAGUGCAUUGUUGCUAACUGUAGUUUUCUUUUUUAUUUUAAGAGUUGUUUCAGCUCA